AGUAAUCGAAUAAGUGAAUUGGAUUCGCACUCAAGUUGCCGCACUAAAAUGAUGGUAUAAAUCACUCUAUUCUUCCUCCUUCCGCGGCUUCUCCCCUGUUCCAAGGACUCUUUCUCUACCGUCUUCGAUGGCUUCCAAUACCGCCGUUAUCGCAUGGGGCUCCGGAGAAGACGGGCAGUUGGGAAUCGGCAACGACGAAGAGAAAGACCUGGUUUGCACAAUCAAAUCUCUUGACUCCCAAAAUGUCCGCUAUGUAGUCGCCGGAAGUCGCAACUCACUCGCCAUUUGUGAAGAUGGCAAGUUGUUUACUUGGGGUUGGAACCAAAGAGGAACUUUAGGACACCCACCUGAGACUAAAACAGAGAACAUUCCUAGUCAGGUUAAAGAUCUUGCCCAUGUAAAAAUUGUCCAGGCAGCUAUUGGUGGGUGGCAUUGUUUGGCUGUUGAUGAUCAAGGCCGAGCUUAUGCUUGGGGUGGUAAUGAAUAUGGGCAAUGUGGUGAAGAACCUGAACGGAAAGAUGACAGUGGUAGGCCUUUGAGGAGGGAUAUUGUGAUUCCACAGCGAUGCGCAGCAAAGCUUUCUGUUCGCCAGGUGGCUGCUGGAGGCACACACUCAGUUGUGCUUACACGCGAAGGACAUGUAUGGACAUGGGGUCAACCAUGGCCUCCGGGAGACAUAAAACAGAUUUCCACUCCUGUGCGAGUACAAGGCCUUGAAAGGGUGAGGCUAAUUGCAGUUGGAGCUUUUCAUAAUCUGGCUCUCCUUGAGGAUGGAGUUUUAUGGGCAUGGGGUAAUAAUGAAUAUGGACAACUUGGAACGGGAGAUACCCAGCCAAGAUCACAUCCUAUUCCUGUACAGGGGCUGUCUGGUCUUACUUUGGUUGACAUUGCUGCUGGAGGAUGGCAUUCUACUGCAUUGACAGAAGAAGGAGAGGUCUAUGGUUGGGGUAGAGGGGAACAUGGAAGGCUUGGAUUUGGAGACGACAAGAGCAGUAAAAUGGUGCCCCAAAGAGUUCAACUUCUAGUUGGGCAGGACAUUGUUCAGGUAUCUUGUGGGGGCACACAUUCUGUUGCACUUACUCGUGAUGGCCGCAUGUUUUCAUUUGGGCGAGGUGACCAUGGGCGUCUAGGAUAUGGGAGAAAGUUGACUACUGGUCAUCCUGAUGAUGUGCCCAUAAACCUCCCACCUCCAAGGAAUCUCAGUGGCAUUGAAGCCGAAGGACAUUGGAGCGCUAAACUUGUUGCUUGUGGUGGCCGGCAUACACUGGCAGUAGUAGAAUGGCAUGCUGACGAAUCUGAACAGUUACUAUGAAGUGAGAAUAUCAAAAGGUCUGAUCUAAAGCCUAAUUGAUUAGAGUUCUGUAAACCCAGGAAUUCAUGAUAAACUUUUGGUUUACCUUACCAUUCCUGAUAAACUUGUAUUAACGCUAAAUUGCUAAUUGAGCAUUGGCAAUCUGAUAUUUAUAUGGGUCUCUAUUUGAAUGCUAUUACAGAUUUGGUGCAAUUAACAUGUUGGGAUGAAUGAGAUAUCUAUUCUUUA